GCACGACAGCAACAUUACUGAACAGAUAUUCAGUUGAUGAGCAAAUUUGUUUGUGAAUUGGACUGGUAGACGAGGACAACUUCAGAAUGCAUCGAGACAUUGCAAUGGUGUUGCUGAUGGCUGCGGUAGCGGUCAGAGGUCUUCCCGAGAUAACUAAUCCAGAUCUGUGCAUCGGGAUUGAUGUUGGGGACUAUCGCUGCGGCAGUUGCCUGCAACCUAUUAGGUGUGGAGCAUCUGGACUAAUCACUGAACAGAAUACAUGCCCCCCGGGCACGGUGUGUGAGGAGAUCACUCGAGGCACAGUAGCAUGCGUUCCCAUGCCAUCGGCCACAUUCUGCCAGUGCACCAGCGACAUAUGCGACCCGUAUGAGCCCAGCUUCACAGCCAAGUGCGAUGCCAGCGGCGUGACGGAUAUUGUACAGUGUCCGGCAACUGGAGCAUGUGCUGGGAACGGCAAUUGUAUCGAUUGUGCAGAGAUCCCAGGGGGCCCUGUAUAUAUCUUCCGUGACCCGGAAUGCAGCUCCUUAUACAGCUGUACUAACGGAAUAUACUCAGGAGUCACAAGCUGUGCAGAGGGCGAGUACGUGUCAAAAGAUGGCUCCUGUUCCCCAGCGCCGCCCACGCCUUGUGCAGCUGCUGAUAGAUGCACAGGUGGACUCUGUCCUGACUUGACUGACUGCACACGGUACUACAUCUGUGAUCCAAAUCAGGUGCCGCCGGCAACCGGACCUAUUUCUUGUCCAUCAAACCAGUACUUCAACCCCGCCACGUUGUUAUGCGAGUCCACAUCCGUUAAUUGUGACCCAUGGACUCAAUGUGAUUUCACAACAACAGUUCCGACUUGUCCAAAACCUGAAGAUUGCAAUGCAAGCACCGUUGGAAAUUCUCCGUAUGGACCGUGUGAUUCACGUUACUGUGCGUGUCGCGAGGUCAGCAGCGGCAGCUACGAUGUGGUGGAGAUGGAGUGCCCAGGCGACUAUGUAUUCAGCACCAACCCCAACUACCCCUACUGCGUCGACCCCAGCGGAGAGCCCACCUGCUUUACCCACGUUGCUGAACACUAACACUACAACUCAACGGUCUGGUGUUCAGCACCAACGCCAACUACCCCAGCUGCAUCGACCCUAGAACUAAUGAUACUUGCUGGUUCACCACGAAACAUCGCUAGUUUGCUUCAAAAACUUCUUAUAGAAGCGAACGCCUUAAGUUAAAAAGUCAUCUCGAUUUUCAUUGUCCCUUGAUUUUACUAAAUUUUGUAUAAAAAUGUAGUAUUGUAUUGUAUCGACUGAUAAAUAAUUUAAAGAAAUAUGGCGGCUCGGUUACAAUGCUUUUACAGUUAGAGGGAAAUUUCAACUGUUUGGAUUCAUAACCUAAAUUCAGAAAAUAAAAUAGAUGAAUAAAAAAGUCCUGGCAAAAGAUGGUACGCAUUUAAUCCAACGGUAAAUUGAAACUUGGAAUUGGGGUGAUAUCAGCUUUGGAAUGCGGCCGUAGAUGUAGAAAUUCCAUCGUCUAACUAUUGAGAUCGUGUAAAAAUAUCAAUCAGAGAAUCCUUCAUUACAGGAUUUCAGGUAUUUUCAUAAAUCUAUCCUCAGCUCUCUAUAAUAUUCUCUCAAUUUAUCAUCCAAUUACCAUUUUGAAUUCUCGCAAUAUAUAUGUUAUUAA